AUGAGCUUACGCGUUGCAACUGUUGAGCCAACGACGUCAGAGGACGCUUGGGAUGAGACCGAAAACGACUCUCCCGAUGCGGUCGCGUCCCUGGGGCGCGCGCUUACCACGCAACUCGAUAAGGGCGGCGGUGGCCUACCACCGCCACGAGUGAGCGAACCCGACGCAGACGGCAUUGUUACGAUCGUGGAUUACUACGUCAACGACGAAGGAUACGUUGUUCAGCGGACUCGGCGCGUUCGUCGUCGUCUUGAGCGACGGCGGGUGUGCGCUGCAGUUGCAGAGCGGCGGCGCUGCUGGCGCAAGUUUGGGGUCGCCGCUACCGAGAACGCAAACACCACCACACAGGCAAACGAAGACAUUCCCAUCGAGUGGAACACGCGUAACACCGAGGUCAGCGAUGACGAGGAAAGUGGCGAGGCGGUGCCAAGUUUGGGUGCGGCACCGUCUUCGGCGAGCGGCGGCGGCGGCGGCGGAAGCGGUAGUGGCGAAGACCUCAUGACCAACAAGUCUAUUGUAGUUUGCCGUAUAUGUGGGCGCGUUGGUGAUCACUGGACACUUCGUUGCCCCUAUAAGGGCUUACAAGGGGCCGCCGAUGGACUCGGUCUUCCUGGUAGCGCCGCCUCAACAGCUCCAGAUGGCAUACUCGGCGCGACUGGGGCAGUUGGGGCUCCCAGCGCAGGGUCGGGCGGCAGCAUGGCGGCGAGUGCCACGAGCAGCGGUGCAACUCGAUAUGUGCCGCCAUCGAUGCGGUCAGGAGCAUCGGCGCGAUUGCGUGAGGGAGAUUCCCUCUAUGGACGUCGCGAGGAAAACUCCAUCCGCAUCAGUAACUUGACGGAGGGUGCCACAGAAGAUGACUUGCGGCAGCUGCUUGAGCCAUUUGGGCGAGUUGUGCGCAUCUAUCUGGCACGCGAUAAGUACACCGGCGCGCCGAAGGGUUUCGCGUUCGCAGCGUUCGCGGAACGCUCAGCAGCGGAACGUUGCAUCGCCAAACUGAAUGGUUUCGGUUACGAUCACUUAAUUCUCUCCGUCGAAUGGGCACGUCCCAGCGGUGAUCGCGCAAAUGCCGCGAGUUCCGUGAACCCUGGAGCUUAG